GUCUCUGUUUUCUACGCUGUCAUUCAGUAUUUGGUGGUUUAUUUUUACAGCUACCUAUAUACAUGAAAAUCUUCAACACUUUCAACAACUCCAGCACCAUCACUGGCUUCGUCCUUCUUGGUUUCCCUUGUACCCAGGAGGCUCAGACUCUCCUCUUUGUGCUCUUCCUUAUUGUCUACUGUCUGACCCUCCUGGGGAAUGGUUCUAUCGUAUGUGCUGUGCGCUGGGAUCGGAGACUCCACACGCCCAUGUACAUCCUACUCGCCAAUUUCUCCUUCUUGGAAAUCUGGUAUGUCAACUCCACUGUCCCCAACAUGUUGGCCAACUUCCUCUCUGAGACCAAGGUCAUCUCUUUCUCUGGGUGCUUUCUCCAAUUCUACUUUUUCUUCUCCCUGGGUUCUACGGAAUGCUUUUUCUUGGCAGUUAUGGCAUUUGAUCGAUACCUUGCCAUCUGCCGGCCUCUACACUAUCCAACCAUUAUGACUGGACGUUUUUGCACCCAUCUUGUAAUCACCUGCUGGGUACUUGGUUUUCUCUGGUUCCUGAUUCCUAUCAGCAUCAUCUCCCAGAUGUCCUUCUGUGGAUCUCGGAUUAUAGAUCACUUCCUGUGUGAUCCAGGUCCUCUGUUAGCUCUCACUUGUAUCAGAGCCCCAGCAAUAGAGUUGACUAGCUCUACCUUGAGUUCUCUACUUUUAUUUAUUCCCUUUAUCUUCAUCAUGGGCUCCUAUACAUUGGUCCUGAGAGCUGUGUUGAAAGUCCCUUCAGCAGCUGGACGAAGGAAAGCCUUCUCCACCUGUGGAUCUCAUCUGGCUGUGGUUUCACUCUUCUACGGCUCAGUGAUGGUCAUGUACAUAAGCCCAACAUCUGAGCAUGAAGCUGGAAUGCAGAAGAUUGUCACCCUGUUUUAUUCCGUUUUGACUCCACUCAUUAACCCUGUGAUAUACAGUCUGAGGAACAAAGACAUGAAACAAGCAGUGAAAAAACUAUUGGGUUGUGAUAGUUAG